AUGAGUUCGCUAAACUUGAACAAUGAUGGUUAUGGUUUGUCUUUGGACUUGAAAAUUUCCCUUCCAUCUCAACUUCCAUCAUCAUCUUCUACUCACCUUCAGGGUCAUGUUGGUAACAAUGGUUUUGAAAAGUCCAAAAUACCCUUUGGAAUUUCGAACCCUUUGGUGAUCCAACCUAAUGAGAACGUGGUCCAAAACAAUGGAGGGAGUUUUAGGAACUCUAAGCUUUCCAAAGCUCAUUGGAAACCAUUUGAAGAUGAUAAGCUUAAACAACUUAUCGCUGACCAUGGUGCUAAAGAUUGGAACAACAUUGCUGAAAAACUACAAGGAAGAUCAGGGAAAAGUUGUAGAUUAAGGUGGCUUAAUCACCUAGAUCCUAGCAUCAAAAGAGAACCUUUAAGUAAGGAAGAAGAGGAGAUGCUUUUGCAGCUUCAUACACUUCAUGGUACCAAAUGGGCACACAUUUCCAAACAUUUUCCAGGAAGGAGAGACAAUGCACUAAAGAAUCAUUACCAUGUGAUCAAGGCUAGGAGGCAAAGGGAACUCCUAUCAUCUAUUGCAAGAAAGGAAAAGCUAACAUAUGAAAUCCCAGCAAAAUUUGCCAUCACAAGUCCCAUUGAUGAAUCCAAUCUCAACCUCACUAGGCCUUUACCUAGUUCUCAAAUGGGUUUACUUCAAAAAAGAGUGGUAGAAGCUGAAUUUGCCAAAGCUUGCAGUGCUAUGAGAGAGCUUAACAAUGUGUACCAGAUGGAAAAGCUUAAGAUUGCGGACCAAUCCAAUAUUUCAGAUUCAAACUCAGAAGGUUCAACAUCUGAGUCUGCUGCAACAAACAUGAACAAUAAUGGAUCAAUUUUAGGGGAUAGUGAAAAUGUGGGAGAUAAGAUUAAGAUGCCAUUUUUUGACUUUCUUGAAAUAAGUGAUACAUAG